AAGAGGCAGCCCGCCAUUGAGCGACGCCAAUGCACUCCGAGCAUCUUGGGCGAGCGACGGCCACACCGUACCGGUUUUCAACGACUCCUCUUCCGUACAUUGACACCACCUCCCUCACCGUCCAGAGUUGUCCACUUUGUUGGGAUUUGUUUUCCAACUUCGUUAGGCCUUGGUUAGCUUUCUGAAGCUCAUGGCGUUCGUGUUUGCCAGAGUUUGGUCGCUCGGCAGAUCUAAAAGUACAAGAUUGAUACUAUCUAGCUAGGCAAGCAGGUGGAAUAAGAUUCUUCUUUUGAUUCGAUUCUAUCCAUCCGAUCCAUCAACAAUGCUACCCUGCAGUGCUCGCACUGCCAUUCACGAGACCGAUGAAAGUGUCCCGCUGUCAUCGCCUCUGGUGAGCUCUUGCGAGCAUCUUCUCCAACCCAAUGGGAGUAUCCUCGGGUCAGAGGUAGCGCACGCUAUCUUGCCCAAGUUUCCAUCCUUGGUUUCGGCCAUGCCCACCGUGCGGUUGAACCAAAGCACAGCCACCAAUGCAACCGCUGCGUUAAAGAGCAUUGACCGGAAAGCCCCCAUUAGUGCUAGACGGAUUCAUGACUUUAUUGUCCACGAAGUGGGACCUGCUCUUCAUCAUAUGAAGAUUGGAAAAGGAAAUAGGGUAGCAUUGGUGUUGCCCAAUGGACCCGAAUUGGCCGUGGCGAUCCUAGCGGUUUCCAAUUGGGCUUCAUGUGUACCGUUAAACGCUAAUGGAGCCCAUGACGAACUAGAAUCGGAUCUCAAGGCAUGUGCUGCAAGACUGGUCAUUGGAGUCACAGAUAGUCCAGAUGGACACAACUCCAUUGCCAAUAUCGCCUACAAAGUGGGCAUUCCAUUCUGUGGAUUGACACCGAGCCCAGUAGAAGCAGGGAUAUUUCAACUGACACCACCGGAUAUGAGAAAACUUGCCACUGCUACCAAUAAUAACCACCGUGCUCUGCAUCGGGAAGGUAUGAACAGCCUUAUCGAUAUGGGGGGCACUACUACCGAUCCGGACGGACUAAAACAACAAUUCCAGCCAAACGCACACGAGGACGAAAUCUUGGUUCUCUUUACUUCCGGAACCACAGGACAGAAAAAGUUGGUACCUCACAAACUGGGAGAUGUACUGAUUGCGACUGCCUGUAUAAGUGUCAGCUGGAAGCUUACACCUUCGGAUGUCAACUGCAAUCUCAUGCCAUUGUUUCAUGUGGGAGGCAUUAUCCGUCAAGUGUUCUCGCCCAUCCUUUCUGGAGGUUGUGUCAUUUGCUGCCCGUCCUUCGAUCCAUCCCUCUUUUGGUCCCUCUUGGUGCAGCAAAAGGCCUUUACGUGGUAUUAUGCGGCCCCUACCAUGCAUCAGCUCAUUUUGGAAACUGGAAAACGGAAAGGCCACAUUGUGAAGAAGCAAAACUCUUCCAUCACAUCGACUGCGCCACCGUUACGAAUGAUUGCCAAUGCUGCAGGAGGUCUGUUACCGUCUCUCGCACGAGAGCUGCGGGACGUCUUCAAGGCCAACGUAUUGCCUUCCUAUGGAAUGACAGAAUGCAUGCCCAUUUCAUCACCCCCAGCAGCCUACCAACUGGAAAAGCCUGGGACUAGCGGAGUAGCGGUAGGACCUGAGCUUGCCAUUCUCAACAAAAACACGGGACAGGCUCUUCCAUUUGGCACAGAGGGACCCAUCUGUGUUCGUGGUGAACCCUGUUUUCGAGGAUAUGGGAUUAACCAUCUGGUGAGCGAUAAUCCCUCCUGCAGUUUCAUGGCUGGUGGAUGGUUCGAUACAGGCGAUCUCGGAUACAUGGACGCAGAUGGAUACCUAUACAUUACUGGAAGAUCCAAAGAAGUCAUCAACCGCGGGGGAGAAAUCAUCAGUCCAUUGGAAGUAGAAGAGGCAGUGGGAAGUCAUCCAUCGGUCAAGGCAUGUGCGGCGUUCUCGGCUCCUCAUAAUGUGCUGCAAGAGGUUGUUGGCAUUGUCGUAGUGCCCGUUGCGGACAAGCCAAAGGUGGAUCUUCAAGCGCUGCAUGACUUUCUGGGAGCCGGUCGACUGGCUGCACCCAAGUGGCCUCAGUGUCUCGUCUACAUGGACGCUUUGCCAAAAUCACACACCAACAAGCUACUUCGAGUGAAGCUUUGUCAACGUAUGGCCAUUCCGGAACUCAACGACGAUAUGUUCCCCAUCGAACGAACCUUUUCUGCAAAAUGUCCUCCUCAAGGAACUGCUGUCAAGGUGGCCAUUCCCUGUGAACGAUUAUCGGUGCACCCCGCAGAUGUGCAGGCCAAACUGAGAUCCGCCAUGGAGUUUUGUGGCUCCGCUCAACUCGUCGCAGUACGGCACCCCAGCCGGAUAGAGACUAUUGUAUUGUACGUGCACAAUUUGGACAGAAAGAAGGUAGUUUCUGUGGCACAAGAGCAACUUGACUGUUAUACCGUUCCAAGCCAUGUUUGUCUCCUGAGCGAGCCAAUCAGCAACGAAAACGAUCUCCCACCUCCAAAACCUUCUGAUGCUAUUGCUGCUAUAUUGCAAGAAUCUUCUGGAGCUGUAAGUGCUCCAGAGGAUCCCUUGACAGCGCAAGUCCAAGAACUUUUCCGUGAUCUCCUUGACCUGGAUUGCGUACCUGCACCUGGCACCAACUUUUUCAAUCUAGGAGGAAGCUCCAUGCUUGCUUCACAACUGGCAAGCAAAAUUAGAAAGAACUUUCGCAUUCCCUUCGGUGGUGCUGAGGUUUUCCACAAUGCGAGCUGCAAGGCGAUUGCAAAUGCCAUAAGGACACGCCGUGGCGAUCCCAAUGGGAGCUCUCAUUAUUCCACAGUGACGAACGAGUCAGCACCCGCUGCAGAUUCCUCUGCUUCCUCUUCGCUUUACCCAGAGCGGCGAGUCGACACACAAGGCGCAUCCUUCAAAUCCGCCCGUCUCGAGCCCCAUACUGGCUUCCUCAGAACUCUGUUUCAGCUAGUUCCAAUUUGUAUCGUGUUCCCCAUUUGGCAAUUGUCCAGGUUCUUUCUCUUCUUCAUGUCUCUGCUCUAUGCCUUGAAAAAGGUCCCCUCAGAUAACAACCUUGUCGCGUUUGUGGUCACUUUGGUGUUGUUCCACUUCGCAUGGGUCGCUAUUACGCCGUUGAUAUUUGUGGCAAUCAAGUGGGCAGUCAUCGGCAGAUACAAAGAGGGACGGUAUGCCAUUUGGAGCAAUUACUAUCUGCGGUGGUGGUUUGUCGACGUUGUGCGGAAACUUUUUGGAAAAGGAAUAUAUGGUUCCAGCGAAGAGAUGGUGGCCUUUUACUACCGAUUGUUGGGGGCAAAAAUUGGCGAAGGCGCGAGAAUCAGCGCGCAAGCUGAUAUUGCUGAGUUUGAUCUUGUCACCGUGGGCCAGCAUGCUUGUGUCGAAUACUCUACGAUACGCCCGUUUGGUGUUGACAACGGCUGCAUGGUGCUGGGACAAGUGGUCGUUGGUAAUCACUCCAGUGUCGGCGUCCGAUCAGUCGUUGCUCCAUUUACAUGCAUCCCAGACAGCUUCCAUUUGGGUCCAGUCACUUCAAGUUAUGAAGUCGGCAGCAGCAACAGCACGAACCAUGCUCGUUAUAAUAGAAGAUGUAUUCCGGAGCCAACGAUACUGUCAAAGACUCUGAUUGGAGGUCCAAUCACCUUCCUUGUGGAUACAUUUUCUCACAUACCGGCGGCAUUGGUGCUCUACUGGAUGGUCAGCAUGCCGUGGCAUCACGACGAACCUUUUGCAACGGUUGGAGAUCUCAUGGAGUGGUUAUGCGAUGUUCGAAGAAUACCCUUCUACAUUGGGAUUCGAGUAGCGCGGGCUAUUUUGGCGCCGCUGUUCUACAUGGCAGCAGCAAUUGUUGUGAAAUGGACAAUAAUCGGAAAAUUCGAGCCCGGCCCGAGAGAUGUCACUUCGGAAUGGCAACUGCUUCGUCACUGGUUGGCAGCCACGCUCUUUUCACGAGAAAAUAUGUGUGAUGUGACCGAGUUGAUUGGCCGUCACUACGAGCUCGUUAGUGUCCUGUAUCGCCUUCUUGGGGCUAAAGUUGGCAAGCGUGUUUUCUGGCCUGGACAUCUACCGCUCUUUACUGGCGAAUUUGACCUUCUCGAAAUUGGAGAUGAUGUGGUCUUUGGUUCCAGAGCUGUUAUCAUCUGCACGACCGCCGAUUCCUGUGAAAAAGUGACCCUUUGUGCAGGAGCAAACGUCUCGGACAACACCGUCGUUCUGCCAGGAAGUACAAUUGGUAAAAAUGCUGUCUUGGGAUCCAACUCGAUUUGUCCCAUGGGCAGGUAUCUCCCGGAAUCGAGCAUCUGGUUGGGUUCACGCGGUGGUGAUCCUGUAAUGCUGGAGCGCGGUGUGGAUCUAGAUCAUGAUGGUGUAGUGAUGACUAGCGAAAUGAAGCCCGAGCAACUGCAAAUGGACGGAGAUGAUACAACGAUUCGACCGUUUGGGAAGGCAAUCUACGAGCGAGAAGCCAACUACUAUGUGUAUCCGGUCAGCUCCAUCAUCGUCUACACGUUGAUUGCCAAAACACUGAUUGCAACUGUACACACUCUUCCUCUGCUUGGCUCCCUCCACAUGACAGCUGUGCUGUUCUACGGCUAUCCUGCGUCAGAACGUCAGUAUGACGACCUCUUUUACUCACCGGGGACUCUAUUUUUGACGCUUCUUGGAUUCUUCAUUAUUGGUCACCUUGUGCGCUUAUUCAUUUGGGUUGGAGUAGAACUAGGUGCAAAGUGGGGCUUUAUGGGACGACGACAAGAGGGGCGCUACAACUACGACACGUCUGAUUACUGUCAGAACUGGGAACUCUACCAGAUUGCUGCACGAAUACGAAAUCCUGGGCGGAUGAAUUUCAUGGACUUUCUUGCUGGCACUCCCUUCCUUGUCACGUUUUUCAGAAUGGCGGGUUGUAUGAUUGGAAAGGAUUGCUGUCUGUAUCCCGCAGGAGCAGAUCCAUUCAUGUCCGAGCCGGACCUUGUCUUCAUGGGAGAUCGUUGUGUCAUUGACUGCGCGUCAGUGGUGUGCCACCUCAAUACCCGAGGCAACUUCGAACUCACCAAGAUCACGUUGGGCAAUCAUGUUACGCUGCGAACAGGUUCUCGAAUUCAACAAGGGGUCCAGAUGGAAUCGGGUUCGAUGCUUUUGGAAAAGAGUUUGGCAAUGACGGGAGAAGUGAUCGAAGCCAACUCGGUUUGGCAGGGAGCUCCGGCUUCAGUCUUAUUCACCUACGACUUCACUUCUUUGCAACCAGCCGUGUCAUUUGGAAUUCGAAACUGUGCAACCGUUGGAGAGCCUAUCCCUUUGAUGUUGCGAAAAACGCAUUCGGUAUGACAAAUACCGGUGGCUUGGCAAUAAAUCAAUGCUAUUGGCUGGCUCUUGUCUGCUGCGUCGGGCUCAUUCAUUUCGAAAACAAACUACAAACAAACAGUACAUUAAUUUUUCUAGCUACUCAUUCUUUCUUGGUUGCGUAUC